AUGGAAUUCGUGGAGAGCUAUGACGAAGCGGGUGAGGAGGACGAGAAGACGGUGCAUAGGAUGUGCGAGGUGGCGUUCUGGUGCGUGCAGCAGCAGCCGGAGGCAAAGCCGCCAAUGGGUGUGGUGGUGAAGAUGCUCGAGGGCGAGAUGGACAUUGCCCCGCCAGCGAACCCGCUCCAGCAUCUCAUUGCAGCGCCGGCGGCGGCAAACAUUUGGACCACGAUGAUGAGCUCCGUGAACACGACGUUGACUCUCGCAAAUGGUGUUUCUCAUGGCAGCAACGAGAUCGUUCAAGCAACAAUUCUCUCGUGGUAG